UUUAAACAUAAUCCCUUUCUCUUUCUUUCUGUGAGAGUUUCUCUACCUCUCUCAGCGAUGGAGAAUCAUCAGAGUCGACUGAAACUCCGAAUCUCUCGAAUGUUCCGAUCAUCUUUCCGCUCCUGCAAGUCUCGAGAGAUGUCAGAUAUAAUCGAGAGGCCCGAUCUCGCCCCCCAUAAUCGGCAGCACUACCAGCUGAUCGAGCUUUUCUCUCCCAAGCCGCGCCCAUUUCCAACCAUUUGCCGGCCAAAAUGCGGGGAAACAGCCGAGUCGGAGCUAUUUCCCCGCAGGAAAGUCUCGGACAGGAGCUCACUUCUCAACGGUGACGGCCGGAAGUGCCCUCCGGCGACACCCUUUUCCCCGAAGGAGCCGAAGAUGAAAGAACGGAGAAAGGCCAGAAAGAAGACGAUGAAGAGAUGUAAGUUCGAGUCUUUCGACGAUUACUACGACUGGUUCGACAGCGACGAGGACGACGACGAGACGACGCUCUUCUCUUCCAGGUCUCUCUCCUCCGACUCAUCCGACUCUUUCCGGCGAAACAAGCCCCGGCGCCCGAGAAAGAAGGAGGCCACAGAAACCGGUGGGAAAGUAAAGGAAAGCUUCGCGGUAGUGAAGCGUUCGAGCGAUCCAAAGAACGAUUUCAGGACAUCGAUGGUGGAGAUGAUUGUGGAGAAGCAGAUUUUCGGGGCCAGAGAUUUGGAGAAUCUGUUGCAGACUUUUUUGUCGCUGAACUCGUUUCACCAUCAUAGGGUUAUCAUUGAAGUGUUCAUGGAGAUCUGGGAGGCUCUGUACUGUUGAAAGGAAAACUCUCUCUGGUCCCUGUUUUCUUUUCAUUUUUCCUGCGUAUUUUCUGGGGAAAAACGUAGUUACCUAGGUUUAAUGUACUAACUGGUAUUGACUGUUAAUGGGCUACUAGUCUCUCUCUAGCUCAUUCCUGCUUCUUUAAUUCUCUCUUUGUUAUCAUCGAGAUUAUGUGAUCUUCACUGUAAAAUGAGUCUUAUUUCUUGUUCG